UAGUAUGCACUAGCCAUUUCUGUAUCGGCAAAUCAGUCUAAUCGAUAAAACCCAAAAUCAUGAUAUCAUUUUUUUCCACUUCAAGCACAAAGUCCAGAAGCACUUUCCUAGUAGAAACAAAAUUACUUACGUUCUUUUUUUUUUUUAUCAGCGCAGUCAAUUUGGCCAUCUCUGUUAAUUCCAUCAGCUUUUGUAACCAUUCGUCCAUGGUGGGAAUCAAGGCAUCUUUCCACUUUUGUGCAUAGAACAGUCUUGCUGCCGUCGCCAUAUAUAAAAUCAGAGUUCCCAUUUUUCCCCCCAGUUUUCUUUCCAUUAGGCCCAGAAGGAAAGUUUCUGGUUUAAUCUUUAUGUUCAAGAUUGCAAAGAAUAGUUAACAGAAUUUUUAUAAAAUGAUAACUGAAUUAAAUAUAAAAAUAAGAAAACCAAACUAGGAAUAAAAUUGGUCUCACAGUGUAGAUUGCAUUUGAUCACUAUUUCAGGUUCAACAAAUUGGUUUGGAUUAUUUGCUAUCAGUAACCUGUUGAGUAAAUGUGCCUGCCAGUUAUAGAAGGGGUGGAAUUUGCAUUGCAAUGCCUUUUUUGGCAUUUUUGAUGAAAGCAGUUAAUCCCAUAGAUACCCCUGCCUGCUGUUUCCUAGUUUUUACUUGAAUACCAUAAGAAUGUGUAGAUUGACAUUCUACAUUUACUACUACCUACACACUGAUUUGCAUAAAAAUUUGGCAACAAUGUUUAUUUUUAAAACAUUAAACAAAUUUUAAUAAAAAAUAAUGAGAAACCAGCUCUGCUAUCACCUACUAAAAUUAGUCAGUUGAAAUUAGAAUGUGUCAUUGGAAACAUAUCUUCAGUGCUUUAAAAAAAAAACUUGGAGGUGUUGAUCCAGUAAAUUAACAGAGCAGUUGGCAAUCUCAUUCACAUCCCUUUCAAUUAACACCUUUCCCAAACCUGCAGAUAAACAAAACAAUUGGGUUCAUGAUGUACUAUCUUCCAUUUCUAUGCGGCUAUCUUUGUUAUUGUUCAAAUUUCUUUAAUUUUUUUCUAGGACUUGCCACUAUCUUGUCUACAAAUCAAGCAAUACAUUUUUUGCAGCUUGCAAACAGACACAAGCAUGUUGUCCUUUGGGAUUUAUUUGCUGUUCUAAUGCACAGGUGCAGGGCUGCAAAAAGGGAGGGGAUUACUUAUCCUUGAAUUUUAACAUUAGAAUAAUAAGACACAACAACAUACAUAGAGUGCAUGCAUACAGUAGAAUUCAAAAUAGCCCAUGCUAACAAUCUUUGUAUUUUUAGUGCAUGUUAGAGCUCAGAGCACACUGAAUAUCAAGAUAAUAAUAUUCAACAAAAUAUUAAGAAUUAUGAUAAUAAAGGGGCAUCAUAUAUUUUCUGUAUCACCUUCCAAACACACCAAGAAAACCAACAACAAAGAUUUGUCUAAUAAUGAUGCAUUGUAGACAUGUCUACUCAGAAGAAAUUACAUUGAGCUCAGUGAUUUACUUCUAGAUUUAGGAUUGCAUAAAAAUCUACAGCAUGGGUGUCAAACUCGUCAUGUGACGUGUCGUUACGUAUCGUGACUUGUUUUGCAUUGCCGGAGCUGGGGUGGGCGUGGCCUCCGUAUGAUGCAACUGGCCCGUGGGCUGGCAGUUUGACACCCCUGAUCUACAGCAUCAGAAAGUAAAAGAAUUCUACUGUACAAGGCUUUAAUUAAAAUAGCAGUCUUGGGACAAUAUAAAACACUUUUAUGUUUAUGUCUUUGAGUUAGUGUUGACUCCUAGUGACUACCAAGACUGUCUGCAGCUUUUGUGAUAGAUUUCAACAGUGGUUUGUCCUUAUCUUCUUAAUGCUGGAAAGAGUGAUUGGCCCAAAAUUACUCAACUUUGGGCCUUCUCCCAUUUUCUAGCCUGAUGCUUUAAGCACCACACCAAGCUGACUCCCUUAAUUUUACUAUAGGCCCUUAUUUAGUUGAAAACACUAAAUACACUAUAUUUUACAUGUUCCAAAUGCCUCCUGAAAAGUGUUAGCAUUUUUUUGCAUCUAUUGCAAUGCUAAUAAGAAUAUAAGUAUUAAUGCAGGGAAUGAACAGUCCUCUAGUUUAUGCAAUUUAAAAAGUAAUGCUUGUGGAGUUAUAAUAGAUAGCAUUGUACGCUCCCAAAAUGGCUUUGAAAACAACUCUCUCUCCCUUAUAUUCAAAAAUACAGACCCAGAUGGAACCGAGUUCAGAAAAAAAAACCCAAACAGAAUUGAUUGGUAUUUCAGCAGAACUAAUGGAAUAAUGCAAUUUUCCUCCCUCUGCUGGAGCCUGAAGGUAGAACAGUUGCCAUUUAUUUAGACUCCAAAUGACUCUUGUGUGGUUCACAAUUUAAAAUAAUAUAAUGUAUACAAAAAGUAAACAUCCAUAUAGAUAACAUAUUAAACGUAGAAAACAAUUCUAACAAGGGGACCACAUUCAUCCUAUCACACAAACAUCUCUUAUUAGAAGUAUUGGUACUAUUUGCUUAUCCAAAGGAAUUAGAAAUAUGAAAGGCCACAAUAAGAGUAAUAGUUAGAAGCUUUCAGCCAAUGUUUAGUUCUGAAAUCAUAGACCUAACUUUAGCAUGGUAAUACAUGAGAAUAUCCCUUUAGCAAUCUGGUUAGUUGUGUAUCGUACACACCAGCUAAGUAUUGCCUGAAACUUAAAAUUAGCACUGGCAAUUUUGUGAUUAAUUUCUAAACAGUUCUGUAUAAAUGUACAUCUUAAUAAAUAAUACAAUUCCUUUUUCUCAUCCAUAUCUGGAAUCUGUUGUAUUGCAGGAUUCUGUUAGAAAUAACAAUAACAUUUUGAUGUUAUUGAUGAAAAUAAUAAUGGCAGGGGCUAUGUAUAAAAGUGGCCUAUAAAGGCAAAGUAUGGUAGUGUUUUGCAGAUUUUUGAAAGAUUAUCCCACUCAUUGCUCCCACUAGCUUGAGCUAUAUGCAGUUCUUUACUACUACUACCCUCACCAAACCUAAUUAGGCUCACAACAGAAUAAGACUUCCUACGUUUAAUUUCAAUAUUGUGCAUGUAUUACACUUAUUCAGAUGGUCCUCAACUUCUGAUUGUUAAGCAGUCAUUAAGUGAGGCAUCAUGUGACCACACCUGAUUUUACAAUCUUUUUGCCACCAUCGUUAAGUGAAUCACCCACAGUUGUUAAACAAGUUGUUAAACAUUGCAAUCACACGAUGCUGCAAUGGUCAUAAGCUCAAAGGCUUAAGGCACAUCUUAAGUCAGGACUUAAAAGUGAUGUAAGUUGCUUUUUUCAGUGGUGUCAUAAUUUUGAACAUCCACUAAAUAAAUGGCUGUAGGCCAAGGAUUUUAGGUAUCUUUAUUGUCAUAAGGAGCCUUUCAAAUUUAAUUGAUAUUUUGCAUCAGUUAAGAUGUAAAUUAUGUGUAAUUAGUGGCAGUAUUUCUGAAUAGUCUUUUCCUAAAAUAAUAUAUGGAUAUUAUUUUGAAUAUGAUAAAUUCAAUUGAAUUACAGUCUAGUGUAAUGGUUUGUGGUUUGAAAAAUGACUCUUUUCUCUAAUGGUGCUCUCCUAUGUACACCUACUGAGGCGCUAAUUCCAUAGAAUUGGCUAUAUCUUAAAACACCUGAAGUGAAAGAGAUGACUACUGCUGCUUUAAAAUGUCUAUGGACUUUAAUGAAAAUAAUUCUCAAGUUACAUAGACGAAAUCUGGUUGUUCCAAUAUUUGUUUCUGAAAUUAAUAGUUUGUCUUUCCCCUUAAUUGUAUUGUCAGGAAACAAAUUAUGCAUAAAACUAGCACUAUAAGUGUUUCCUGGCAAUUUUGUCAAAUACACAAUGGAAAGAAUAAGUACAUUCUUAUUCUGGUAGAAUCAUGCAGCAUAAUAAUGAGACUUAAAAAUAUUAUUCUAUUCCAGUUGGCGCUGUCUUGUGGAAGAGAAUCAUUGUAAGCUAAUUAGUCUACGAUCAGCUUUAAUUCUGAAAGUUUCAUAUUUGUGUCACUCAAGUUUUCCAAGUGUGACAUGGAUAUUUCUAAAGGAGGCACCCCAGACAAUUAUGUGGACCUGUUCAGAAGAAAGGGAACAGUGUGGGAACUAAUACAAAAAAAUGAUGGAUGAAAAGUCAGGAUACAUAGAGGGAACUAUAACCUAACAUAUAGACUGAGGUUAUUUUAGAUGUCAGAUUGAAAUACAGAAUUAAGAAAAAAGCAUCCAGGCUGAUUGGGAACAUAUAAAGAGUAGAAACACAUCAAAAGAUAUUGAUUAGAGAAAUCAGGAGAAAGUUAUUUUACAAUUAGUAUGCAAAGCCUUUUAGAAAUACAUCAUCUUUUUAACAUAGCCUAAUAUAUGUAAAAUGAAAGUUCUGAAAGUAGUUGAAGUUAAAUGAUUGAAAAAAAAGGGCGAUCAAAAGAGUACACUUGGUGAAUCUUAAAUAUUAUAUUAACGGGAAAACAAAUCUAUUUUAAAAAUAUUCACUCCCUGCUUCCAAAAGAAAAUAAAUUCUGAACAGAAAGAUCAUAAGCCUGUGAUGGCAGAAAUUCAAAAAAAGGAAGGACAGACUUUCAGAUAUGGAAUUGUAGAGUUUUGACAACAUAAGCAAAAAGCACUUUUUUGUUGUGACAUGUGGCAUAAUCAUUUUGAAAUCCUCUUAAUAUUUGGCAGGGUCAUGUAUGAAAAAUAGUACUUCAAGAUCCUUCAUCUUAAGCCAUGUGAAGUUUCAAAGGUCAUAACUAGCACUUUGAAUUGGGCCUGGAAAAAGAUAGGUUACUGAUAUGUUCCUGAAACCCAACACCAAUCAAUAAAAAAACACAUUGAACUGAUUUUUAAAAUGAAUCAAUGUACGUGUACAAUGUUGACAUGUAGCUUGUGCAUGUUCUACCAUAGCAAGAUCUUCCCUCCUUAUAUGUGUAAUGACUGAUGUAUUUUUGAUAUUGGGUGUCAUCUAAAGUGUCAAAGCUGAAUCCAAGUGAAAAAUCCAUGUUCUCAAGGGGAACAUUCUCUUAUUAUUUCUAGAUUGGUUACUCUGCUGACUGGAAGAAUUUCUUAUCUUAGCAGGAUUAAAUUUCAGUUUAGAAGAGAGAGUCUGUUGUGAUUCCAUUCACUAUUUGUAAUCUAUUUAUUAGAUUUUUAUCCCACCUUUAUUACUUUAUAAUAACUCAAGGUGGCCAACAUACCUUUCCUCCUCCUAUUUUACCCACAAUAACAGCCCACAAAAACAAUAUUAUAACCACAACAGAUGUGCAUUUUCUUAAUAUUCCAUCAAUCACUCUAAAAAUGGAUUUAAUUUAAUAAAUUAAUAUUUUAGAUUUAUGGAUUGGAUAGUGAUAUCCAUUGCUAAAAAAUAUGUCCAGUCUAUAUUCUGUUCUAAAUGUGGUACAGGUAGUCUUCAACUUACAAAUAUUCGUUUAGUGACCAUUUGAAGUUGCAGUAGCACUGACAUAUGACCAUUUUUCACACAUUUGACUGUUGCAACAUCGUCAUAUCAGAAUUCAGGCACCUGGCAACCAGCAUGCACAGGUAGUCCUCAACUUACAACAGUUCACUUAGAUGACCGUUUAAAGUUACAACAGCCACAGAUGUUAAGUGAAUCAUUGCAGUUGUUAAGUUAAUAAAACGGUUGUUAAGUGAGUCUGACUUCCCCAUUGACUUUGCUUGUCAGAAGUCGCAAAAGGUCAUCACAUGAUCUGGGAGCACUGCCACCAUCCGAAAUGAGAGUCCGUUGCCAGGCGUCUGAAUUUUGAUCACAUGACCAUGGGGUUGCUGUAAUGCUCGUAAGUGUGAGAAACGGUCAGAAGUCACUUUUUUUUCAGUGCCGUUGUAACCUUGAACGGCCACUAAAUGAACUGUUGUAAGUCAAGGACUACCUAUACAGGUUCACAUUUGAAAUGUAGGGUAUUACAUUUACGUUAAUAAGUACUGUAGCAUUAAGAUGCUAAGAGUAAAACAGCUAGCCUCUACGGAAGCCAAAGUGCUAUUUGUUCAAACGGCAUUUCUUCGCCUAGUUUCCCCCCCCCUCCCCUUUCUGGUUUUCAUUCCAUACAGCGUUAUCUCUUUGUAUGCUUCCUUCAUUCAGUGAUACAUUACAGAGAGAAAUUAAAAUAUGAUGAAGCAUAUGCUGCAAGGAGGAUCCAACUCCUGUGUCUAGGACUCCUCGUUUUGGUUGCAGGAACAGAAUCUGUCCUUAACUUAGCCACAUGGCCUUCUCUUGUCUUAUUGUGUGACAUCCUGUUAUAUGUGGAAGUGCUGUCCUUCUGCCUCUGCUUGAAUAUUCACAGUAGCUCUUUCUGCAGUUCAAAUCUUACAGUGUUAAGCUGCUGUUAUUUGAGGGAAGCAAUAUGAUUAAAAGUGUAGGCCAUCUGUGCAGAUCCUAUAAUUUGUUCAGUGGUUAUAUAAUUUUUUUACUGUUCUCUAUGUUCUGGACCACUUUAGCAAUCAAACUCUACAAUAAAAGUGUAAUUAUAUUAGUUCGAAAAUAUGAUCUGUUUGCAUGCACACAGAAAUAUUUUUCUCUAAACAAUUUAUAUAUAAAUAAUUUGAUUUAUUUGUAUUUGAUCUAUCCUUGUAGAUACUUUUCAAUGAAGCUAUGCAAUUAUAUUUGGCACAGUUUUGCCUAAUUAGCUUGUACUUAGUGAUUUGAGAUGUCUGUCAAAGACUGUUAGCAGAAAACAUAGUGAGUUAAAAACUAAUGUGAUGACCUCAUCUCUGUUCAGUUAGGGUCUGGAAUACAAACUACGUUGAAGAAGGAGCGAUGAAAUUGUAUCAGUCCAUUUUAUGCUGCAAAUUAAUUGGCUUUAACAUGGAUACCAAAUUCAUUUAAUCAUUUUAAUUAUGGGGAGAAAAAUGCAGGAAAGAAAAUCAGUACUGCAUUAUUUGGCUAUUGUGUCUGUUUGAAAAUAUUUUUCUGAUGUUUUUUAACACAGAAUCCUGCUGUUCUCUGAAAUUAUUUUCUUCUCUGCUAACAUGCGUGGCAUUAAGACACAUUCAUUAGUGUAGCACUUACGUAAAAAUGCACAUGCAUUUGCAUGUGCAAUUGCUUCUUACUUUUUAAAGCAAUGUGAAGUGCGAUUGCGAUAGCUGGCUCUUUAAUAUUUGGGCACUGUAUAUCUACAAUAGGUGUCACUGUGCUGCUAGUCCAAUUGUUAUUGGUGACUUCAGCGAUUGGGCUAGGAUGCUGCUUGUCUGGCUCCAUCUGCAGGGCUCUAAUGCCUCCUGUGUGCAGAUCCAUUCAGCACACAAGUUGAGGCAGCUGACGAGCAGGCAGCACGUCUUUGCUCUUCUACUUGCUUUGCCACAGCAGGAGCAGUUUCAGGUGAUUCAGCCUCCAGACCUUUGGGGGGGUGGGAGAAAAAGCUUGCACAAGCAAAUGAAACUGGGAACCACGAUGGGGAGACGUUUAACCAGUCAAGCCCUGGAUCAAACUUAAAAAGCUGAUCUCUUAUUCAGCACACUGGAAAAGGUCACCUUGCCUUGCUGAAAAAAAAGAAGCACAAUCUCUCAGCUUUGCUGCUUUUUAUUCGUACCUUCUGCUUUACCAAGUAAGGCUCUCUGCUUACACAGACAGGGAUACUCAUGGUAGAUGACAAGGGAAAGAACAUGAAAUGUCUCACCUUCUUCUUGAUGCUUCCAGAGACAGUUAAGAACAGGUCGAAGAAAAGCUCGAAGAAGGUAAACAGUAGUAGCAGCAGUGGUAGUGGCAACAGCAGCAGCAGCAGUGGCAACGGUGGCAGCAGCAGCAGCAGCAGCAGCAGCAGCAGCAGCAAAUUACCUCCAGUGUGCUAUGAAAUCAUUACCUUGAAGACUAAAAAGAAGAAAAAGAUGGCUGCUGAUAUUUUCCCCCGAAAGAAACCAGCUAACAGUAACACAACUGCUAUCCAGCAGUAUCACCAGCAAAAUAUCAAUAACAACAAUAUUAUCCCAGCUCCCAACUGGCAAGGACUUUAUCCCACCAUCCGAGAAAGAAAUGCAGUGAUGUUCAACAACGACUUGAUGGCAGAUGUUCAUUUUGUGGUUGGGCCACCAGGUGGGACCCAGCGAUUACCAGGACACAAAUAUGUCUUAGCUGUGGGGAGCUCUGUGUUCCACGCAAUGUUUUAUGGGGAGCUUGCUGAGGAUAAAGAUGAAAUCCGUAUCCCAGAUGUGGAGCCUCCCGCUUUCCUCGCGAUGCUAAAAUACAUUUAUUGUGAUGAAAUUGACCUGGCUGCUGAUACGGUUCUGGCAACUCUUUAUGCCGCCAAGAAGUACAUUGUUCCUCAUCUCGCCCGGGCCUGUGUGAAUUUCCUAGAGACCAGCUUAAGCGCAAAAAACGCUUGUGUGCUGCUUUCCCAGAGCUGCUUAUUUGAAGAACCGGACUUGACUGAGCGUUGCUGGGAGGUGAUUGAUGCGCAGGCCGAACUGGCUCUGAAAUCGGAAGGCUUCUGUGACAUUGAUUUCCAAACCCUUGAAAGCAUUCUCCAAAGGGAGACCCUGAACGCCAAAGAGAUUGUGGUUUUUGAAGCUGCCCUCAAUUGGGCCGAAAUGGAGUGUCAACGGCAAGAGUUGCCUCCUAGCAUUGAAAAUAAGCGCAAAGUGCUUGGGAAGGCGCUCUAUCUCAUUCGUAUUCCGACCAUGGCCCUGGAUGACUUCGCCAACGGGGCUGCUCAGUCCGGCCUUCUGACCCUCAGUGAAACAAACGAUAUCUUCCUUUGGUACACAGCUGCCAAAAAACCAGAGCUGCAGUUUGUGAGCAAUGUCCGCAAAGGCCUGGUCCCACAGCGCUGUCAUCGCUUCCAGUCUUGUGCCUAUCGCAGCAACCAGUGGCGCUACAGGGGCCGAUGCGACAGCAUCCAGUUUGCUGUUGACAAGAGAGUUUUCAUUGCUGGGUUUGGACUCUACGGCUCCAGCUGCGGAUCAGCAGAAUACAGCGCUAAGAUUGAACUCAAGCGGCAAGGUGUUAUUCUUGGACAAAACUUAAGCAAGUAUUUCUCAGAUGGAUCUAGCAAUACUUUCCCCGUGUGGUUUGAGUAUCCAGUGCAAAUCGAACCAGAUACCUUUUAUACAGCUAGUGUGAUUUUGGAUGGUAAUGAACUCAGCUAUUUUGGACAAGAAGGAAUGACAGAAGUCCAAUGUGGCAAAGUAACGGUGCAGUUCCAGUGUUCUUCAGACAGCACCAAUGGCACUGGGGUUCAGGGAGGGCAAAUUCCAGAACUUAUUUUUUAUGCUUGAAGGAAAAGGUGGGUUCGCAGGACACUGUGUGAUUCUAUGAUGUAUCGUGUCUGGUUCAGGCCAAUUUCAUGCUUAGCUUGUUGUCUGCAGAUAUAUGGUCAGUUCAAGUAGGACACUCCUAAAUGCAGUGAACAGUUUUAACUCUUGCUGUACUUUUUAUUGUCUACAUGUAUUUCUUUUGCUACAUGCUCCCAAGAUCAAACUAGCAAAUUAAGUGUUAAAGAUGUUCAGCUUUAGCACAGAUGGAAUGCCUUAUUAGUGAAGAAAGAUGUCAUUUUUUUUCCAUGCAGUGUGUGUCAAGAGGCUUACUUGUCUGGUCUCUACUUUGCUGCUAUUUCCUGUCAUUUUGAUUUAUGAUUUAUUUAUUUUUGCUCCUCCAUGCUGUAGGCUUCUUGAACACCUCAGAAUUAAAUGUGUCUUUAGUCUUUUGCCCUUAGGAUGUGGCUCAAACUUAGAUUUGAGACUGGUUUGGGCUGAGGUUUUGUUGAGGGAACAUAGGAGAUCUUCAAAUGUCAACCAUUUGAAGACCGUAGCAACUGAUUGGAAAAUAUAUGAAGUUUGGUUUGCAAUGAGUUGCUUUGGAAAUUUUGGAUUUAUUUUAUGUUGUGACCGACAACAACAUAAACUCAAGGUCUUUGGGGACAGUUGCUUUUUAAUUAACUGUAACAUUUUUUAGAAAGCUCUUUUUCAAGCAAGCGGUUGAUAUUUAAAUUACAAUUUUUGCUUGCCCAGGAUUACUUUUGGGAAGCCUUCCCUAGCUGGUAGCUCUCCAGACGUAUUGGUGCAGUGCCUCAUAUCCUCAUAGUGCACGCAGGGUGGGAAGGAUGGCAGCUAAAGCCUUUCAUACAAGGAGAGGCUACUCUGAAGUAUUACAUUUACACUGUUACAAAAUCUCUCUGAUAGUUACUUUUCUUUUCACCGGAUUAAAUACAUUUCAUUUAAUCAAGUCUAACAGCCAUUAUUCUGGUUGCCUUUCAUGCAUCUUGUGUUUUUGUUUUUUUUCCAGUGUCAGAAAAUGUGUAGCAAAAAGUAAAUGAUGAGUUUUUGUGACUUUUAUUUGCCCAAAUAUCAUUUUAAACAUACGUGUUUUUUUCUCCAAGUAUUAAAAAUACAGACAUUUGGAGCAUUUUAAUUGUUAGCAAUUGCCAUGGAAUGUAUUUGUUCAGUGUUCCAUACAGUGACAUUUUUUCCAUAGAACUCAAAGCUAAAUAUUUUAAUGCUUCACAUAUUAAAUUAACUAGUGGGACAUUUAAAUAAUAGAAACAAGUAGGUUUGAAAGCUUUGUUUUUGAACAAGCAAGUAGACUGGACAUUAUACAACUUGACUAUAACUAUUCAUCCAAUUAUAAAUUUUGAAACAUGUCUCAAAUUUCUAGAUGUUAAUUUUUUUCUCAUCUGAUUCCCUCCACAUGCUAUAGUUUUCAUUAUCUCCAGCCGGUGUAACAAAGGGAUUCCUUGUAUUUGUAAUUUAACACAGGUUGCAGCAGAAUUAUUGAGGGGAUUUGAAAUUCACCAGGCUCAUACAAAGUAUUUGUUUAACUUAUCAGACACUAUGACUUCAACAAACUAUAAUUUAUUUAUUUUUUAACUUACUUUGUUAAGUGUAAAUGCCAUCAUUAAGACUGCUUGUGAAUCUGCUUGUAGUUCUCUCUUUGACUACAGAAGUAUACUUUUUAGCACAAGUGUAAAUUACUGCUUUGUUUUGUGCAACACACAAUAACAUUAUCAAAUUUGGGCUGCAAAAUGCCAUGCGGCAGCAAACAAAAAAUACCAACUGGGAUUUUUGCAACCCGGAACUGGGAACCCUGCAGAAUCUGGGAUAUUUGUGAUUUAAAUGUUUCUUAUUUAACUUUUGGAGAUUUUUCAAUGUCAGUCAACCUUUCUUUUUCCAGAUUUUUUUAAAUUGGUUGGACUGUCUGCAUUUCUAACAGGAAAAUGUUCAGGUUGCUAGGUAGCUUUUAAAAAAGAGUAUAGGUCAAUACCAUGUUUGUGAAAUAAAAGGCACUGCCUCAAAAAAGCAACCCCUAUGCAUUUCAGUCUAAAAAAUAAUUUAAGUAUUAGUCUGAAAUAGAUUUUCCCAGUUUUCUGUUUGCAAAACGUUUUUUUUAAUGAAGCAAAUAUAAGUGCAUCCCACUACAGUGUACUUCAGUGUACAUUUUAUUGCCCUAGCUAUUAGAAUAGUGGCUUUAUAAUUUCUACCUGAGGCAUCUAGAGAAUCUGAAGUUUUCAGUAAAAUAACAAAAACACUGUCACAUUGCAAGCUCUACUUUGUAUAGUAACAACGUGUGGGGCUUCCAUCAUGAUGAUUCAACACUGCUUUCGCCCUCCAGACCACCAAAUAUCCUUGUGGAUGCUUCCAAUCUCCAAUCUAUAUCAGCUUUUCCCAAUUUGUGGUUUCUUGUUGAAUUCAAACUACAAUCUCCAAAAUUCUCAGACAGCAUAACCAUUGCAGAAUGCCUCUGUAAAUAUUUUUGGGACUUGAAAUCCUGAUUUCUGGUUUCAUUAAAUAUCUGUGGUGCCCCAAAUAAUAUUUGAACAUGAGAAAAUUUAACAGUAACAGCUGUCUCAGCAGUGCAGCAUAUAAAAAACAUACUCACAAAACAGAAGCUGUCUUUAAGAGCACAUGCUACUUCUGUAUCUUUUACAGUAUACUUUUAUCAUCACAAGUAAUAUUAUUUAAAAAACAUUUAUUUACAUUUCUCAGAGGUAUGGAGUAGCGUUUCAAAGAAAUGCAAAUGAUUACAUUCUCACAACUUUUAAGUAUUCAAAUACUGGAUUUAGACUAACAGUGCAGAGGUCAAAGGUCUUUUCAGUCAUAGGAUUUGCUCCGUAUUCCUGAUGUCUUGUGGAAAAAGCUAGUCUCAGUCUAACUUUCAUCAUAACAUCAACGUGAUAGUUGGGUAGACCAUACAUAUUGCCUGAGGUUCUUGCAGGAAGUGCUAGAUAAAAGCAUCUGCAUAAUUUGUUUGGGAGGAAAUACUCCUCUCUUAGGUAAUUUUUUUUCUUAACCCAAUUAAUUUUACAUGUUUGAGAUAUGCCAAAUAAAAACAUGUGAAUGGCGUGAUUUAAGGAAGACCUUAAGGUGAAAUAAAUCCAGUUUCCAGAGUUAGGUCACAUCAGUUGCCCUGUGCCCUUUCGGCCUCUAGAUGGCACAUGUACACUGCUACUUUUAGCUUUACCCCACUGAAGCACAUGGUGUAUGAAAGGUCUCAGUUUUAUUCCAAAAAAUAUGUGGUAUUUAUGGGAAAUAUUUGUGGAUAAUGAACAAUGAAACUGGAAUUAGUAUAAUUGUGAUCAUUCCUGAAGACAGAAAUGAAUUGUCUUUGAUACUAGGUUGCUUAGCUACCUUUUUUUAGAGGGCUACAGAAACAUGUAUUGAUUUUUCCCUUCUUUGCUUUUUCCCAUAAUUGGUUACAAGUUGGCUGUUUGCCAGAAUAAAUAUGGGCAAAUUUUUAACAUACCUCUAUAAAUAGUUCUCAUAUACUAGUGCAAUCCUAAAUUAUCUUCAAGUUCUUCACUGCAUUUCAGUGUAUUGUUUCCUCUUUUCCACAAACGCAAUGCCAAUGAAAUCAGCACGUAUCACCAUAUGUCAAAAAUGGUAGCCACGGGCAUGUCUUACUUUGCGGUAAAAUCAAAUAAUUACUCCUGAGAAAUAGAUGGAGCAGUAGGCAGAUCUCCAAGUAAGAUAGUUAAGUUGUAGUAGCCCAAAUGGGGAAAAAAUGAGAACUAAAAACAUUAAUUAAUUUCACAAGAAAAUCAUUGAACAAGAUGAGAAAUCUCUGCAGUAGUGUAUGAUCACAUCUAUACCACUGAAUAUUUGCAUUUUUUUUUCAUGUUCAUUGCCCCUGUGUGCGAUCCUACAUAGGUUUGUUCAAGCAUCAAUUCUGCUGGCUUCUCUAGGAAUAAUUCCUUGGUAAGUGUGAUGAGCUGCAGCCUUAAGCAGUCAACUAUAUAGUGUGUAUUAUGUGAGUUUUUGCAGUUUUAAUGCCUUUCAGUUGAAUCUGGAACGACUCCUAAUGUUAGUUCAUUGUUUUCACAUACAUAACCUGCCUUUCUAAAUUCUAAAAGAGCAUAUAUUAAAUAUUAGAAAAUAUUGAGAAAAUCAGAGAGAACUAAAGAAUUAAAAGAUGGUAGCUGCAGUUAAAGACAGCUUUAAAGAGGUAUUUUGUAAAAACUUGGAAUAAAAAUUGACUUCACUACUAGUCUAAUAGCAAGGCAUAAUAGGGGCAAGCAGAUCUCCUUUGGGAGGCUGUUAAGAUAAAUGACUACUUGAAAUAUCUGUCAAAUCAGAAUGAAAAGUCUGAGUACUAAUAUAUUGAUCAGGAAAAAGCUACCUGGAAUGAGUUUUGUGUGUGUGUGUGUGCGUGCGUGUGCGUGUGUGUGUAUUGGCUCUCGGAACACAUUAAAAAAAAAGAUGGAAGCCAACAUUUUCUUUGCAUGUUACGAAUGAAGAAACUUUCAAAUUUUGUUCUAUAGAUAUACAGUGAAAUUUAUAAUUCAUAAGAUGAUUCAAUUAUAUAAAUAGCAAUGGUAUUAGGAAGGUGAUAUAUGAGUUUUAGGACUGUAUUUAUCUAGCCUUUGGUCUCUCUUUCUCCCAAGGGAGCAACUUGGAAAGAGCUUUGAAUACUUACAUUUUCCUUGCCAAAUAGAAUAAAACAAAUGUAGUUACCUGUACUUCACUCAAUUUAGUAUUCUGAAUGCAGAAUACGUUUCUGAACUGGAAGGUUUUUUUUUUUUUAAAUUGAACUGGAUGGUCCUUAAUAUGCUUCAAUGUUUUGCUGGCAGCAGUGGAUCAGGCAUAUUAACUUUGACCCUAUACUCUGUUAAUAUCCAAGCUAAAUUGGAUUCAGUAAACUCAAAUUAUGUUACCUUACGUAGAUUGUGGACAGAAUGAGAAGAUUUGCAGCAAACUGUACUGCAGAAAUAACUUGGCAGAUUUACAGAAUUGUCCCCAAGCUUUGCCCCUUAAUAAAAAGUUUGUAUCCUAAAUUGUUGGGGUAAUAUAUUUAUAAUACAGGUAGUCUUCGACUUACAAUCAGGGCUGGAACUUCUGUCCUUAAGCAAUAUGGUUGUUAAAGUAAUGCCAAUUUUAUGAUUAUUAUUUUUUUUGCCAUGUUUGUUAAGCAAAUUACGAUUAUUAAGUGCAUCACGGAGCCGUUAAGCAAAUUUGGCUUCCCACAUUGACUUUGCUUGUGGUAAGGCCACAAAUGGGAAUCACAUGACCCUGGGACAAUGCAUUUUUAAAUGCAUGCUGGUUGCCAAGUGCCUGAAUUAUGGUCAUCUGACGCAAAUGGGAAUCACAUGACCCUGGGACAAUGCAUUUUUAAAUGCAUGCUGGUUGCCAAGUGCCUGAAUUAUGGUCAUCUGACGACGGGUGCAAUGGUUCAGAAGUACUGGGACCGAUUAUAAGUCACUUUUUUCAGUGCUGUCGUAACUUUAAAUAAUCAUUAAACAAAUGGUUGUAAGUCAUGGACUACCUGUAUAUUGGUUUAGUCUUCUGGAGCCAUCCAAUGUAUCUAUAAAGAGCCAGAGAUCAAAAGAAAAUAUAUUACAGACAAUAUUGAAAUUAUUCUGAAUAUCAUCUUGCAAGCUGAACUGAAAGGGGAAAGAAAGUUAUUACUGGAUUUCUAGUGUAAUAUAUUUUGAGGUGAUCUGCAUAUUAUUUAAACAAAUGCAUUCUAAUUUCUACAGUAACUUUGCACUGGUAGUUUUUUUUUUUUUUUCUAAAAAUGAAAAAUUUAAACUCCGUUAUUUCAGACACAAUUGAAUCUAGCUGUGUUUGGAACAGUGCUUGACUAUAGCAACUGAUGGCAUUAUUUAUGAAGGACAUUUAUAAAUUCCAAGUACCUCAAAUCGAAUGUUAGCGUACUGUAUCUUUAAUGUAACAGUGCAGAGUUUUACCGUAGUAGACACAUGAAUGUGUAUAAUCAUAUUUGAGAAAAAAAUAAAAAGGAAACUGGUUCUUAACAUUG